ACAAUUUCUUCUCUCAAUUCUCUACUUCCACUUUCUCUCUCUAAAAAACUUUCCGAGCGAUGUCGAGGCGGCCCGGCAAGGAAGUGGCGGCACAGGCGGCGGGUGGACAGCGGUUUUCCGGCGAGAAGGCAUCGUAUUUUCGUUCUGGGGCUGGGAAGAGUAUGGACAUUAUGAGAAGUACGAUGAACUCAAUGGAGAGCUCGGGGCCCAGACACGUUAGAUCCCGUGGUAUUUCGGCCUCGGCUCGUAGAGAACGGGUGCACUAUUCUGAGGAUGAUGAAGAUGAUGAUGGUGAUGAGGAGGAGGAGGAGGAGGAUGCAGAUGAGGAUGUGGACGAUCAGAGUGGACCAUAUGAUGAUUACGGUCCAUUCAGUCAGAGGCUUGAUGAUGUGUAUGAGACGCGUAGGGUAGACGUGCGUAAGGGUAGAGAUGGUAGAUUUGUUAGUAGAUCUGGCACAUCAUCUGCGUCACUGCCGUGGAUGCGUGGAUGGGAAAGAUGACGCAGUUGGGACACAGACUUUUUGAGGAGAGGGACAACAUGACGACUGCAACAGGCAGAGCUGUUAUUGAUGAACUGGAACGGGCCCUUGAGCAGUGGCAGUGGGCGUCACAGAGAGAUUAUUGAUAUGUCGGCAGUGCAUUUAUAAAACAUUUUCCUAGUUGUUUGUAAAAGUUAACAUUAUCUGUUCUUAUAAUUAUUAUUUUAAGUUCUUAGAAUUUGACAUUA